AAUUUGUACUUGAAUGACACUGUUCUCAUAAUUCACCCAGAGGUAUCUACGUUUAUACUAUUUAAAACGAACAAGAUCCUCGCUAAAAGUUUUAUGUAACCUUCUGACAAAUGACAGCUGUCCUAGUGGGGCUCAGUGCAUACGUGAUCCAAACAAAACAAAUUAUUAUUUGGUAUACACUGGACCACGCACCCUGGCAGACAAAACUCAGGGAUUUAUGUCAACCCACCGCCCCGGAAGUGACCUGUGGUUGUAAGCGAGCGGCAGGUUUUCUUUACACUCGGUGAAUAUUUUGUAUUAUUUAUGAAAACAAGGACGUUGUAGAAGACGAAACCGAGCACAAACGAAAUGUUUUACCAUGUAAGUACGAAUAAUUGUCUAAAAGUUUGUGAAUCCCUGUAGAGUUGUGUGAAUGUUUUGUUUACCAGUUUGUGUGAGUGUGCCUAACAUGAGUGCAGCUGGGUUAGCGUUGUUAAUAAAGCUGGGAUAAACCUACUUUAUCAUCAGAAUGAUUGGUGUUGUUGUCUUACAUUAAAGAGGAUUAUUAUGUUGACAGAUUUCUCUGGAGCAUGAAAUCUUGCUCCAUCCGAGAUACUUUGGUCCUAAUCUCCUCAACACCGUGAAGCAGAAACUUUUCACUGAGGUGGAGGGAACCUGUACCGGAAAGUGAGUGACAUCAGAAACACAUGUUGUUUUGUUUAUGAAGUGCUAAGCUUUGUGGGUUAGAGACUGUACUUGACUUCUAAGUUUGGUAUUUUUUUUAUCAGGUAUAAAACCUUAAAUCAGUGUGUCCAGACUCUCAGAGAGCUCCUCCUUAGUUAAGCAUUAUCAUUGAAUAUGUAAAAACUACAUGUAGAAGCUUGUCGUGUACAUGAGAUGAAUUUCUUUGUGUCUUUUUUUUUUUCAGGUAUGGCUUUGUGAUAGCGGUCACCACAAUUGACAACAUCGGGGCAGGUGUAAUCCAGCCAGGAAGAGGCUUUGUCCUUUAUCCAGUCAAGUACAAGGCUAUCGUGUUUCGCCCAUUUAAAGGGGAGGUGGUGGACGCUGUAGUUACCCAGGUUAACAAGGUGAGACAAUACUAUUUAUAAGAUAUUAUUUACUCUCAGUUUGUGGUCUGUCUCCAAAGCCUAUCAGCCAUAGACUGUAUAUACUAUGGACAACUUUUCUGCCCACCGCCUGUAUACAGUUUUGAAGCCAAAAAGCUUCCGGGAUUUUUCUUCCUUUCCUGAAACCAGCAUUGCACAGUAGCGUUCUGCGCAUUAUGUGGGAGAGUCGCUGUGAUGACGCUCGGCUCAAACAGGAUAUCCCCCCGGUGAGCUACGCAAUCCCUGAACGUCCAUAGGCUGUAUCAGGUGUCAAUCAAAGAAAACAUGAACCCCCCAAUAACUUUUAAAAACGGAGCUUCACAGAAGAAAGAGGACUUGAACACAAACCAGUCUUACAGUAACUACAUGUCAAAAUCGCAAUCUUGGGGGGAGAAAAAUGUAUGUUCUGUGUAAUAAAUUUCUAAAGUUUGUCCACAGCCUCAUAAGCUUUGCUGGCGGAGGUGGGUUUUAUGACCUAUACUGCAGCCUGUCAACAGAGGGUGCUGUUCUCGGAGUGGCUUCACCCAGCAAGGAGGCAGACGCUGUCUAUUCUUUAUACAGUCUAUGCUAUCAGCACAAUCCCUUCAUACAGCUCUAAUCACAUUAAAACUGUCAUGUGGUGCCUUUCCAUCUGAAAGUGUGGUUUGGUUUGGUCGAGUUUGGUGUGUUAAACCUGCUCAUAAUUGUGUUUCCAAAACAAACUACACCCUGGUAUUUUACACUGUAAGCAUGUUGGCUAUGGGUGUGAUCAGUGCCUCUCGUGCCACUGGUCAAAAAAUUUGAUAGAAUAGAAACCUAUUGUUUUUCACGGGCUGCAUGCAGAUAUCAGUUAAAGGUAAGAAAGGCUGAAUUGGAUUUGUACCAGCUACUCUUAUGUCACAAGCAAGAGAAAUAUAACUGCUUUUCAAAGCAAAAGCCCAGUCCUUUCUUUUCCUGUGGACAGAUUCCCCCUUUUUCUCCCAAACAGUACCUUUAUUUUGAAGUUGUCUUUGGAACAGUUGUUUAAAAAAAGGAAAAAAAAAAAGUAAGUUGUACAGCUCUUUAUUUGAGCCUGCAGUUUUUGUAGCAAAAUUUGUGUGAUUCACAUUGGCUACAGGUAUUUUUUAUUACAUUGAACAAAAAUAUAAAUGCAACACUUUGUUUUUUUCUCCCAUUUUUCAUGAGCUGAACUCAAAGAUCUAAGACUUUUUCUGUGUACACAACAGACCUAUUUCUCUCAAAUAUUGUUGACAAAUCUGUCUAAAUCUGUGUCAGUGAACACUCCUCCUUUGCUGAGAUAAUCUAUCCACCUCACAGGUGUGGCAUAUCAAGAUGCUGAGUAGACAGCAUGAUUAUUGCACAGGUGUGCCGUAGACUGGACACAAUGAACGGCCACUCUAAAAGGUGCAGUUUAAUCACACAGCACAAUGCCACAGAUGUCACAAGUUUUGAGGGAGCAUGUGAAUGGCAUGUCCACCUGAGCUGUUGCCGGUGAAUUGAAUGCUUAUUUCUCCACCAUAAAGUCUCCAAUAGUGUUUCAGAGUAUGACUGAGUGAUUUGGCAAAAAAAAAUGAUUACAAUAUAUUUUGUCAUAUCAUCUGUUCUCGAUUGUUAUCACGAUUUUUUUUAAGUAUUGUUUUUUAACUGCCAGUUUUAAAGUAUUUGUACUAAAGACUAAAGAAACUACAUAUUAGUUCAACAUUUUAUUAACAUACUUAACAUGUUCAUAAGAGAAAUAUGCAUGAGAAAUCUGUAUGAAAAAGACACAUUUGUGUUUUAUAUUGGCUCAUGCCUGAUGCUAAGGUGCCCUCACACUCGGCCCAGUUGCCUUGUACCGUGCAAAAGUAUGGUUGUCCCCCUAGUCUCCCACACACGCCUGCACUCACCCUGCUGAAGGUUCAAACAGACCUGGGUGUGAUUACUUACAGUAUGUCUUAAUAACACGUGCAUGACUUAACAUCAUGUUUUAAUUUCUUAACUUUGCAAGAAGCGCUGCACAAUGGACAACAACACUUGUUUAUGGUAGACUUUUUUACUCCGGCUAUAGGUAAUGUUGCAGAAUUCAGAUCAUAGAGAAGAACAAUAAUCUGUUUUAAGCUCUGAAUAGUUAUGUAUGACAUUAACUGAUACUUACCAGCAAUAAUAAUCAAAAACAACAUCCAACAAAGUCAAUUCAAUUUUUAGUUAAUUAAUUUAAUCAUGAACACAGUCAUGCACUGAGACAGCACAUCCUGCUGCACUGUGAAGGAGAAGAGAGGAGAGAGCAAGACUCCUUAUAAUAAUCAGUAUUUAAGGCUUUAGUGCUUGUUUUAUACUGCAUAUGCCAUACCGCAAAAUACUCUCUGAAGGUUGGAAAAAAGGCAUUCGUUUUCAACGCUGUGUUGACGUUUAUUUCCAUCUCUAAAUCCAGCACAGUCAGCAGAGUUUUCCCUGUUCCUGCUGCAAGUCAGGGUGGUGUAAAUUUCCCUAAACUUCAUCCUGGCUGUAAUGCUGAUCAGUCACUUAUCGUUAAUUCCCUUCUUUCCACAUGUACAAGAAUCGCCUUUUUAAGUCUCUCCCCCUUUUUUAAUUUCAAAUUACAGGAGAAAUAUUUCUGCUACUUUUGUUGAGCAACUUAACAGACUGACUGCGUUUGUAUCCUGCUGUUUUAUCUUUACUGCAUUGUGGGUAUGAUGUGUGGCAUAUAGGUGAAAGAAAAAUAAACAGCGAGUGUGUUUCUCCAUGCUUGUGUGUGUGCAUGGGUAAACAUACUGUGCUGACAUCUUCUUCUAGCUGUACCAGGGCCAAGGAAGUCUACCAUGCCUGGGCGCAGCACUAGCCUUUAGUGUGCUCAGCAUUUCACUCUGUUACAGUAAUUGUGCUUUUAGUAAGGAUUAAUGAAAAUUGUAUAUACUUUAGAUGAACCUGAAUGCCUUAUUAAAGAAUAUGAAUGUUCUCUGUAGGUUGGAUUGUUCACAGAAAUCGGUCCCAUGUCAUGCUUCAUCUCUCGCCAUGUGAGUCAGCACAGCAUCUUUAUUUGUUCACUGAAUUAUUCAGCUUUGAGAUGCAUUUUGACUUUAGAUUAUUCAAAUCUCACUUUGUUUUUUACAGUCCAUCCCCUCAGAAAUGGAGUUUGACCCCAAUUCUAAUCCUCCUUGUUAUAAAACAGUCGAUGAGGUAAGAAUGUCCACAGGGUUUGUUUCACCAUUUGCAGAUGUAAGAAAAAUUGUUUAAUUAAGGAACCACCUCUUGCAUUGAACAUCUCCCUUGCACUCCUCUUUUCCCAUUUCUCUGAAAGUGAUGUGACUAAGAAUGCUUUUGUGUUUGAUUUUGCUUUAAGGACAUUGUAAUCCAGCAAGACGACGAAAUUCGGUUAAAGAUUGUGGGAACAAGAGUGGAUAAGAAUGACAUUGUAAGUGCUUUCUUCACAUAAUAAUUAGGAUUUUUUUUAUCACAAUAAAGAUGAAAAUAACAAGAACAAUGUCUCAAUGUUUCAGUAAUAGAAGACAGUGACAUAUACCAUUUUAAUUCACAGAAAGUAAAUGAUUGCCUUUCCUUUGUUUUCAGUUUGCCAUUGGAUCCCUCAUGGAUGAUUAUCUGGGUGGGUACUGCACAUAAUGUUGUCAUCAUAGUGACUGUGAUUAUAGUUGUAUGACCUGAAUUAUAAGACUGUCUUGUGAUGAUGAUCAAAUUUGCCUUCUGUGCUUUGUUUAUAGGUCUUGUGAGCUGAUGUGCCACAGAGGGAACAUUUACCACAGGACAUUUUAUUUACCCGCUGAGUUGAUCCCUUGUUUUUAUGGAUCGUUUUUUUUUUUUUUUUAUACACCGUCUCACACAGCUGGGUGCAAAGUUCAGUAGUUCCAGUAUUUUAUAAUUUAGAGCCAACACUUGGACAUUUUUUGCAAUUGGCGAAAAAUUGUGAAGUUAGAAGAGUGUUUGCUAAAUUUACCUGAAGGUGGUGUUCAACACAGAAGUAGACUAUAAUAUCAGUUUUGCUUAAUUUUAUGUGCAUCUUACACUCAGUGCUUUUUUCUUACUUGUGAGUGGAUUCCAAUAAAAUAUUUGUACUGGCUCUUA